ACCAGGAGAGGUAAAAUAAUAAUUCUCUGCGGAAUACACCGAGAUCUUGCACAGUUAGUUAUCCCUCACCUUCACACAACGUGGCACGUCUAUCAUACGCCUAUACAGUUCGGCCCCCCGCCCUCGUGUAUUCCCACGUCUUAUCCCGCCAUGUACAAUAACAACCAUUGCACAUCCCAGUCCUCAAGCCUCGCGCUCCUUGGAGUCUUGUCGUCGCACACCCCUCGCACUUCAAUCGACAACCCAUCACGGCAGGCUCCUCAGUCAACACAUGCUCUGCUCCCCCCCUCUUUCCCCUCCCCUUCCUGCCUUGCCGUUCAAAAUCCUGUUGUCCCCAUCCCGUGCAUAAUCAGCUCACUCGCAUUCCAACACGUCCUUCGCUGCACCCCGAAUUCCAGCUCCGCCGAUCCCGAUCCCUGCCCUCCUCCACGCACGGCCCCAGAAAGCCAACAUGUCAGCGCUGCAAAGCCGCCAUACAACGCGUUAUGUCAGCGCGCGCGGUGGGGCGGAGGACUGAUAAGUCAUGCAAGCGGGGCACAUGCGGGCGAAGGGUGGGGGGUUCGGAUACCAGGAUGCUUUAGUGUGUGUCUGGUGGUAUGCAUGAUGCUCGCCGAGGUGGAGCUGCAGGCUGGUUGUAUGCAUGUAACGAGCUGUCAUCAUUUGAUGGGUAAGGGUGACAGGGUGAUGGGGAGGCGCGUCUGGCGUGCAGACGGCGUGCGUCGGGCGUGAGGUCGGUUUUGGUGGGAGUGGAGGUGCGCUGGGAAGGUGGUUUCCUCAUGCGGCCGUUGCUAGUUGCUCCCGAGAGGAUUAGUCUGUGGUGGAAGUUGUUUCUAUUCCACA